AUGGCGGAAGACUCAAUAGUGCAAGAGAUAGUGAAGAAGAUUCAGAAGCUUGAUGCUCAAGAUUCAAAGAUUGAUAACUAUAAGAUAAUUCUGAUCAGUUGUUCAGUGUUAUUAAUAAUCAUAUAUUACUAUAGAUAUUUAAGUAUAAGUAAAAAUAUCCCCCAGGGGUAUUCGGAGGAUUUCAAAUCGUUGACCAUACUUAUAAUCACGUUAUGUGGGUGGAAUGCCAUCUUGACGUUGAUAUCCAACGAUAUGGUGUUGAAUUUAAAGCAUUUUCUUAAAUUAGUCAACUCGAUUUCGAAUCCUAGAAUCGAAAAUGAAGUCAACGAAUUCUUAAGUGGGAUACCCAAUGUUUUCUCCAUUAGAAAUUGGUAUGUUUUCGGUAAAGAUUUGAGAAUAGCUUCUUUUGCCAUAAUAUCAAUGAUAUUUUUCAAUUUAUUUGCUAAUUCAAUAUCAAAAGCAAUCGAGUAUAUUGCCUUUAUCAAAUCCUCUAGUUUCUACCAUCAUUCUCCAAAUGAUACCAGUGGCAAAAAAGUCUCCUUCGAUAAUACCUUGACCACUUUCAGUUACCUGGAUAAUGACUUGUGUGUUACGAAGAAAGUGAAGCCGAUUUUGCAAAAUUUUGUUCAUAUUGAUUCUUUCAAAAUCAUGAAAAAAUCAAUAAUGAUUACCUUAACUUUUAUCCUAUUCAUUUCAAUUUUACCAGAAAAAUUAUACUUGAAUUCAACCUCCUUUUUAUAUUCUUCAAAUCAGCUAAUAAUCAAGUUUGAUCAUGUAUAUUAUACCUUGAUCACCUUUUAUAUCUACGAGGUUUUCCAUAAAUUCAUCAAAGUUGCAAAUCAUCCCAACUUUAAAAAUUUCCCUUAUCUUACUUCGAUGGCUAGUCAUUUUACCUGGGGUUAUUGCUCCCUUAUAUUAUCUAGCUCAAUUGGGUUCAUUCUUUUAUCGGGUGAUGUCUUAACUAAUGUCUUGGGGUUAAUGGCUCAAACUAUGAUUUCUUAUUCUUCUCACCCAAAUAUUCAAUCUUCAGAUACCGUUCCUCGUCAUUUUGUCACCUCCAUCAUCAUUAAUUAUUUGCAACAUAGUAUAGGCCCAGCAAUUAACAGUAUCAAUGAUACUAAUCUAGAUGAUUCAAUGACUUCUUUAACUAAUACUUUUAUCUGGGUCAAGUCUAUCUUUACCAACUGUUGGAUUGUCACAAACUUCACCUGCUUUCUCUUAUUGCCCAUCUUUAUCUGGAUUGUGAUUAUUGAAUUCAAAAUUGGGUAUAAUAAGUCUGCCCAUUUUUGA